AUGAAACGCGUGCGAGUCCUAGGCGGCAAAGGGGGCGAUGGCUGCAUAGCAUUUGAACGCCUUUUCUGCAACCCAGAUGCCGGCCCAAGCGGAGGCAAUGGUGGCAAUGGAGGUCACGUUAUUUUCCAAGCGGACAGCAAAGUCAUUGACUUUUCAAACGUCCCCUCCGUGUGCCGGGGCGCAGAUGGCGGUCGAGGGUUGGGCAGUCAUCGUCACGGUGCCAAUGCCCAACACAAUGUCAUUUUGGUGAGUUAG